AUGCAGUUGGCUUCGAACGGAGCGGCGGGUUUUCAAAACUACCACUCGCCUCCUUUACCCGACUGCACCAUCGACGCUGCAAUGUCUCCACAUGCAACCAAAGAAUUCGGGAGUCCAACCCUGGAAACCGGCGCGAGUCAAUCACUGCACGAGGGUGACAUGUACGGGAGCCUCCGCAAAGGAGACCCCGUCAAGUUCUUCUCGAAAGAAUGUGCCGGCAUCGUAGCGGCCACGAUUGCAUCGGCGUUUUCGACAGAGUGCCUGAAUAGCGUGAUCGAACCGAUGUUAAAGCAUCAUUUCUCGCUUGAUGGAGCCGAGCUGGCAGCCGUGCUACGACUGAUUUCGAUGCCUUCAACUUUCUGCUUCUUCUUCGGGAUGCUGUCGGACUGCUACCCGAUCAUGGGCUUUCGCCGCAAAGCGUACUUGAUCAUCUGUCUGAUGGUGACUGUGUUGUGCUACUUCGUCCUCUCAGUAUUGAACGCUUACGCAGAAGGCCUCGAAGAAGGUACGGGGGGCACCGGCCUGGUAGUAGGCAUCGUUGCAUUCGCAACUGUGGCUAGUACUGCAAACAUGGUCACGUUCAUGUGCGUUCGCACUCGAGUGAUUGAGCUGUCUCAGCGCGAAUCGCUGGCUAUGCGCGGCGCUAUAAUAGGGACGUAUGUCAUGUUUCGAUUCGCGGUUUGCAUGGUCACCUACACUUGUGUGUAUGCUGUCAGAAGCAGUGCGAUCUACCAUAGUACGGAGAUGGCUUUGUAUGGCAUCUUGGUGGCUUUCUCGAUCCCUCUCGUGUGGAAAGUUUGGCAGGAAAAGUACUACUCGCUCUCGACUUCGAUGAAGACUCGUGGCCAAAUCUUGUGGAAAGUCAUGCAGCAGAAAGCAGUGUGGACCAUUCUCCUAUUCUUGUGCAUCUCCACCUUCUUCAAUAGUAUCAAGUUUAGCGAUCCCGAUCUACUCAUUCGGUUUUGGGCGGGUGUUAACAAUGACAACAUGCUGCUGCAGCAAGUCAUGACUUACGGUGUGAUGUCGUUGACAGUCGUCGUGUGGCGCUACUUCUUCAUGAAUCGACCGUGGCGUACCUUUUUCGCAAUGUCGACCGUGAUACUAGUCAUUUCUCAAUGCAUUGUGGCUAUCUUCGUCAGUCUGGACAUCCUACGGAGCCCGUAUUUCUACCGCGUGAUGACCAUAUUCCCGAGUAUCGCAACAUGUAUCUACUGGCUGGCAACCAUCGUGCCGCUCACGGAGAUCAUCCAAGAAGGUUCGGAGGGUGCUAUCGUUGGAUUGAUGAUGUCGCUGCACUAUUCGGUCUUGAUAUUCGUUCAGACCAACUCAGCCGGGCUGUUCAGAGGCACCGACUUCUACGACCCCACGGAAUUCGUAUCGGAUUCCCCGAAAGUGCGCGCGGAUGUGCUGCUGACGGUGCUGCUGAACUAUGGCAUCAACGCGUUGGCACUCAUUGGUAUCUACUUCCUACCGCAGCAGAAACUACAUACCCAGCAACUUCGAAGUUUCGGCGGAUACACCAAGUGUGCGAGUGCUGCCAUUCUCGCGUUCAUUGUGACGCUCUUUGUGUACUCGCUAGUCGUCACUCUAUUGGCGUUGUUGCCAUCGACGUCGUGCCUUGGCAUCGCCGGUGGUGAGGGCUGCUAA